AUGUUUGAUGCCUGCAAGGUGAACGUCUCAUCAGCCCUUGUCAAGGCUGUCAUUGAUGGCAUACAAAGAAAAUUUGCUAUCAAGGAAGGCAGUACUUGGCGAAGUGUUGCUGGUGAUGCCCGGCCUGACGCCAUUCAAGAGCUGGAAGCUAAGGCAUCGCCUUAUAUUCGUCUGCGUGCUUGUGUUGGUUCUUGGGGAGCAAACAUGCUCCUCGAUUACUAUUGGUCUUCUAUCCGUCGAAGAAACAAAAAACAGGCUGCCAGUGGCACUGGCAAAAGGUUGAAGGAAAAGAUUACCGACCAUCCUUUGAACUGCCUGAGCAAAGCGAAAGGCAGCCCAAAAUGCGGCUUAACCUACAUCAUCCGAAUGCGUGUCCUCUGCAGAUUAUGA